AUGAUGUUGCUAUGGAAACUGCUGGUGCUGCAGUCACUUAUGGGGUGCCUUGCAGAGAGCAGUGUCCUGCAGAGUCCCGUCUUCUCCAAGCAGCCCGGCAGCAUCGUGUAUCCUGUGGAAACGCUGGAGAGGAGCAGGGAGGUGGUGUUCAGCUGCGAAGCCCAGGGAAGCCCACCUCCCAUGUACCGGUGGAAACUGAACGGCACAGAAAUCAGUCCCAAAUCUGGAUCUCACUACAGCCUCUCUGGAGGCAACCUCAGAAUCAACCGUCUCAACAAGGACCAGGACGCUGGAACGUAUCAGUGCCUCGCCUCCAACUCUUUUGGGACCAUCGUGAGCCGGGAGGCCAGUCUAACCUUUGCAUACUUGGAAGACUUCAAGACCCACAGAAGAAGCUCUGUAUCGGUGCGUGAAGGUCAAGGAGUGGUUCUGCUGUGUGGCCCUCCCCCGCACUCCGGAGAUCUGAUAUUUUCCUGGAUCUUCAACGAAUACCCAACAUUUGUGAAGCAGGACACGCGUCGCUUCAUCUCACAGGAGACGGGGAAUCUGUACAUCGCCAAGGUGGAGCCCUCAGAUGUCGGAAACUACACCUGUGUGGUGACCAACUCCGUCACAAAGACCAGAGUCCAGGGUCCACCCACUCCUCUGGUGCUCCGCAGUGAUGGUGUGAUGGGUGAAUAUGAGCCAAAGAUUGAAGUUCAGUUUCCAGAGGUGGUUCACGUCUCCAAAGGAUCCACCGUCAAGCUGGAAUGCUUCGCUCUGGGAAACCCAGUUCCUUCUAUAAACUGGAGGAGAGUGGACGGCGUACCGUUCCCCAGGAAAGUGGACAUGAGGAAAUCCAGCGGUGUCCUGGAGAUCCCGUACUUCCAGCAGGAGGAUGCGGGCACGUACGAGUGCGUGGCCGAGAACUCCAGAGGAAUGAACACAGUGAAAGGAAAGCUCUCUUUCUACGCUCCCCCUCAUCUCAUUGAAAAACCUGAAGAUGUGCAGAAGCUCAUUGAUGACUCGCUGGUGUGGGAGUGUAAAGCCACUGGGAAGCCGAAGCCUUCUUACAGGUGGAUGAAAAAUGGAGAGAGCCUGGAUUCUGCUGAGGAGCGCAUACAGGUCGCCAAUGGGGCAUUGACAAUCACCCGCCUGACCCUGUCCGACACGGGGAUGUACCAGUGUGUGGCUGGGAACAAGCACGGCGAGGUCUUCUCCAACACAGAGCUACGAGUUAUAGCCGUUGCCCCAGAUUUCACUCACAAUCAACUGAGGAGCCAGACGCUGGUGAAGGUGGGAGGAGAUGUGCUCAUCGAGUGCCGGCCGAAGAUGUCUCCUUGGGGUGUGAUCUCUUGGCGGAAGGGCAGCGAACCACUCCGAGAAAAUAACAGGGUCUCCAUUCUGGAAAACGGGAACCUUCGGGUAUGGAACGCAACCAAAUCCGAUGCAGGCCUCUACACUUGUGUGGCGAGAAACCAGUUUGGCGUGGCGAGCAGCACAGGGAGCGUCACAGUUAAAGAGCCGACCAUCAUCACCACCCAGCCGUCCACGCUGGACAUCACCGUGGGAGAGAGCGUGGUCCUGCCCUGUCAAGUGAAUCACGACCCGUCUCUGGAGCUCAAGUUCACCUGGUUCUUCAACGAGCAGCUCAUCCACUUUGGGAACCAUGGUGGAUUUUUUGAAAAAGUGGGAGGCCAGCAUUCAGCAGGAGACAUUAUGAUUCGGAACAUCCAGCUGAGGCAUGCUGGGAAGUACACAUGCGCCGUGCAAACGAAGGUGGACAGUAUUUCCAUCGCCGUUGACUUGGUCGUCAGAGGUCCCCCGGGGCCUCCCACCAGCAUCCAGGUAGAAGAAAUCAGUGAUACCACAGCUUCUCUGUCCUGGAGGCUUGGUCCUGAUAAUCACAGUCCAAUUACGGCAUAUACAAUCCAGGCCAGGACACCAUUUUCCCUCGGGUGGCAGGCUGUCACCACAGUUCCAGAGGUGGUGGGGGGCAACCGGCUGACAGCUACCGUAAUAGACCUGAGCCCCUGGGUGGAGUAUGAGUUUCGAGUUCUGGCAAGCAACACCAUCGGGACAGGCGAGCCCAGCAAGCCAUCCAAACAAGCAAGGACGAAGGGGACCUCUCCGAAGGUCACAUCGGCUAAUGUGAGCGGAGGCGGUGGCAGUCGCUCGGAAUUAGUCAUCGCAUGGGAGCCUGUUCCAGAGGAGCUGCAGAACGGCCCAGGGUUCGGCUAUGUUGUUGCUUUCCGACCCCACGGUGCAACGGGAUGGAUGCAGGCGGCCGUACCUUCGGCCGAGGCGUCCAGAUACGUCUUUAAAAACGAGAGCAUCCAACCCUUCUCGCCUUUCCAUGUUAAGGUCGGGGUUUACAACAACGAGGGGGAAGGUCCCUUUGGACCCGUUACCACUAUCUACUCUGCUGAAGAAGAGCCUGGCCGGGCGCCCACCAGAGUUCGUGCCAAGAGCCUCUCCGCGUCCGAGGUGGAAGUUACGUGGAAAGCUCUGCCCUGGAACACCAGCAAGAAGAGAGUGCUGGGCUACGAGCUGAGGUACUGGAAUAGAAGUGAAAGGGAAGACACGGCCAGCUUGCAAAGGACGGUGGGAAAUCAAACCUCUACUAUUAUCCACGGGGUGAAAGGCAGCACCACAUAUUACAUCUCAGUGAGGGCGUAUAACACUGCUGGAACAGGGCCUCCCAGCGCUUCUGUCAACGUUACCACUAAAAAACCACCACCCAGUCAGCCACCAGGUAAAGUCAUGUGGAGCACAUUAAACUCCAAGAUUAUAUUGAACUGGGAGCAGGUCAAAGCCCUGGCGAAUGAGUCAGAGAUCACUGGUUACAAAGUGCUCUACAAGAAGAACCGACACAGCCGCCCCAGUGUCAUGGAAACCAACACCACGUCCGUGGAGCUCGCCCUGCCCACUGAUGAGGAUUAUAUCGUCCAGAUAAAACCAUUUGGAGAGGGAGGGGAAGGCAGCAGUAGCAGGCAGAUCACCAUCCCAAGGAUACCAGGCCCCAACGCAGUCGGCUCAGCGUCCAAGGUCUCCACUCUGUCAGCGCUCAGUACAAUAGCACUGUCUUUCACAGCCCGGACAUCUUUAUGA